UUGAACUUUUGGACUCGCAUCACUGAUCAUAAACUGUCUGUACGCUUGAGUUGAGCAAAAGCUUUAGCCACCAUGGCUGAGCCACCCGUUCUUAUACGACAAGAUGAGGUUGAAGGUUUGUUGCAUUAUAAAGAUUUGAUCCCGCGACUUGAAGUAGCACUGGGGAAGUUUUCCAAACUGGACAGCGCAGAAGUGAUCCAGCCCGUUCGUACUACGGUCCCGUUACAAAAAUACAAUGGAUUUCUGGGGCUGAUGCCUGCGUAUUUGGUGCAUGAAGACAUCCUGUGCACAAAAUUGGUGUGCUUCUACAAGAGAGAGAGUGGGUCAACUCUGCCAUCAACUCAAGCCACAGUGUUGCUGUUUGAUCCUGAGUAUGGGAAUGUCAAAGCUGUCAUGGAUGGGGAGGUCAUCACAGCCAAAAGGACAGCAGCAGUGUCUGCUAUUUCUGCCAAACUGUUGAUGCCAGCCAAGUCGGAGGUGUUGACCAUACUGGGAGCUGGCCAUCAGGCCCUCAGCCACUACAACGUCUUCACAGAAACCUUCUCCUUUAAAGAGGUCCGCGUGUGGAGCAGGAGGAAGGAGACGGCGGAGAGGUUUGCCCAGUCCACCCAGGGUCACGUUACAGUAUGGGAGUCAGUGGAGGAGGCAGUGAAUGGUGCAGACGUCAUAAUCACUGUGACUGGGGCCAGUGAACCAGUGCUCUUUGGCCAGUGGGUCAAGCCAGGUGCCCAUGUAGCAGCUGUGGGAGCCUGCAGGCCAGACUGGAGGGAGCUGGAUGAUGUGUUGAUGAGGCAGGCUGAGGUGUAUGUAGACAGCAGAGAGGGAGCAGUAGCAGAGUCAGGAGACAUCAUCCUGUCUGGGGCCAAAGUGUUUGCAGAGCUUGGAGAGGUUCUCAAUGGAACAAGACCUGCCCUUAGAGAGAAGACCACUGUGUUCAAAUCCCUUGGAAUGGGGAUUCAAGAUGCAGUCUCUGCCAAGCUUGUGUUUGAACAGUGGAAGAACAAACACUGAAGACCUGAGGAUAAUGGGAUGGCCAUGGAUGUGAUCACUUACAUUCCCACCAGUUAUAUUAAAGGGAGUUGGUGGAAAGAUAGUGGGAGUUACUGUGUUAUUCCUAUAUCUGCACAACAGAAAGUAAAAAAAUGACAGGCAGAUUUUAAAUGAAUUUAUUGGCUUUAAAAAAUAUUUUUUUUAAAUCAGCAGAUUAAACUAUUGUCAAAACUACA